AAUUCUUGCGUGCACAGAGACGCUCUUUUCAAGGUUACCCUGGGCGUGACUUGUGGGACAGACUUUUGGUGUUGUUCAUAAAGCUUCAAAAUGGAUAUCGAUAAAGCGCGUCUAGAGAAGCUUGAGAAGUUCAAGGGUAUGAGUGAUCAAGUGCGCAUCGGUGGUAAAGGAACAGCUCGUCGAAAGAAAAAAGUUGUACACAAGAAUGCGGCUGCUGACGAUAAGAAACUGCAGAGUUCUCUUAAAAAGCUCAGUCUUAACACUAUUCCCACGAUUGAGGAGGUCAAUAUGUAUAAAACAGAUGGCACAAUGAUACAUUUUAAGAACCCGAAGGUUCAGGCUGCACCGCAAGCCAACGUAUUUGCAGUUACUGGUCAAGCUGAGUACAAAGCACUGAAUGAUUUAUUCCCAAAUAUGUUAAACCAGUGGGAGAAUGCAAAGCUACGCCUAUCUAAACUGAGUGAAGGUGCAAAGGCAGCAGACUCAAAGGCCGAGGAUGGAGAUGAUGAUGUACCCGAGCUCGUUGAAGAUUUUGAUGAGAAAAGUCGUUUGGAAUAGAGAAUGACUUUUUUCUCUCUCAGUUGAACAACAUUUACUUCAUGCCUACUUCGGGUGUUUUAGUAUGUCUGAAAUAAUAAAUAACCCUGCAAGGAAAUAAAAAAUAAUUUCAAAAAUGUUCACUUGUAUUGUAUCAUGUUUGGUUCCUUUUUUAUUGGUGCUUGAAAAACAGCUUUUAUUCUCCUUUUUCUUCAUCUUCUUCAUCAUCCUCAUCUUUGUUUCCCUCCCCAUCCCACCCCACACUUUUAAAAUCGUGCGAUAUACUGCGCACUAUUCACAUGAAACUUUUUAAAUGCUGUACUUAACAAUACAACAGUUUUGAAAACAAGCUUCCAAUCUAUAAGCAAACCUCGCACUGUGUCCCGACUCUAGUAUCGAUUUGUGUAUAGCUCAAUGAGAAUUAAAACAUGGAG